UAAUUUAGUGUCAGAAGUGCCGCAAGGCGCAUAACAUCUAAUGUAUACAAACUUGAUAAAUAUAAAAAUUAGUCUAACACUUGAAAUUAUUUUUUUACUUAAAUUUUAACAAAUUAAAAUUUUCUUAACAAUUAACGAACAAAAUAGAGACUAUUUAAUUUAAACUUUAACUCAAUUAGUGUAAUAUAGGUUAUAAAAUGCAGUUUAAUCAAAUUGUUAUAAUAUCAAUCACAAUUAGUUGUAUCAGUGUAUUAGCAAUUGAUGUUGAUCCAUUAAAAUCAGUACUAUGGGGUCCAGGAUUAAGUCCUGCAAAAAUUACAAUGCGUUCUCGGUAUUUUUUUAUCCAAUUAAUUGAUUCUGAAGGAAAAAACUUGACCCGGUCUCCAACAGGAUUAAUUGUUCAAGCCAAAGUAACUGGACUGAAUAAAAACAAUCAUGGAUGCAGAAUCUGGACCCAAGUAUUGGAUUGCAAUGAUGGAAGCUUUAUAAUUAGAUAUAAACUGUUCGAGACUUGUUAUAAUUUAAAUAUUAAAGUAGUAAUUAAUAAUGAAAUUUUACCUGCUGGAUCAAUACACGAAAAAGGUCCGGUGUAUGAAGAAGAGUGCUACUGCCCGAAUCAGUCAGUAGAAAGCUGGCUGAAAAAUUAUGAAUGUACUGAGGAAUAUCACCAAAUUACUGAAGAUUUAAAAAUAUUUCCAUCAGUUAAUUUUGAUGAACUAAGAGACGAUUUGAUUAAAGAGUACCAUAAGCCUCAUGCUCAUAGUUUUUGUCAUUAUGUUGUUAAAGAUAAUAGGAUUUACAGGAAUUGUUAUGGACAACAUGUUGGGUUCAAGAUGUUCUCGGAUUCGAUUUUACUGUCGCUGGCGAGAAAAGUUAGGCUGCCUGAUGUGGAGUUUUUUAUGAAUUUAGGAGACUGGCCGUUGAUUUAUAAAAUUAAGAAGGCUUAUCCGAUGUUUUCUUGGUGUGGGUCUGAGGAAACUAAUGAUAUUAUUUUGCCUACUUAUGAUAUUACUGAAUCUUCUUUAGAAAAUAUGGGAAGAGUAAUGUUGGAUAUGUUAUCAGUUCAAGGAAAUAUAAAGACACCCUGGGAAAAGAAAAUUGAAAAAGUAUUUUGGCGUGGUCGAGAUUCAAGAAGAGAAAGAUUAGAUUUAAUUGAUAUUGCUAGAAAAAAUCCAGAUCUUUUUAAUGCUUCUAUAACAAAUUUCUUUUUCUUUAAAAAUGAAAUGGAUAAAUAUGGACCUGGAGAAAAACAUACUUCGUUUUUUGAUUUUUUCAAGUAUAAAUAUCAAUUAAAUAUUGAUGGAACUGUAGCGGCGUAUCGAUUUCCGUAUUUACUUGCGGGAGAUUCAUUGGUAUUUAAGCAAGAGUCGAAGUAUUAUGAAUUUUUUUAUCAUCAUACUGUUCCUGGGGAACAUUAUGUUCCGGUGAAGCAUGAUUUAUCGGACCUGGUGGAGAAAAUUAAGUGGGCUAAGAGUAAUGAUGGUGAGGCGUUGAAAAUUGCGAAAGCUGGUAGGAGAUUGAUGAGAGACGUUGCGUUACCGCGGGAUGUAUUUUGUUACCAUGUGCAUUUAUUACAGGAAUGGAGUAAAAGGAUUCAGAAUAAAAUAAAAGUACUUAAAGGGAUGGAGGAAGUAUCUCAACCGAUUUAUGGUUGUGAAUGUGUCAGUAAUGUAGAGAAAAAAAAAGUUAAGUCAGAGUUAAAGAAUGAAUUAUAAUUUAAGGAAUU